AUGGCAGAGCACCCGCUCACAAUCUCUCAAUGGCGGAAGCUACAAGAAAACGCAACUGAGCCGGUCCACCUCCUCACCCUCCUCGACCGAAUACAAAACAUACAAUCAAAUGCGUGGAUAUCCCUAGCAUCCGCAGCCCAGAUCACUGACGAAUGGAGCCGCAUACAGCAUCUUAAAUCCCAGGGCCAUGAUCUUCCUCUUUUCGGCGUCCCAUUCGCCGCCAAAGACAAUAUCGACGCAAAUGGUUUCCGGUCAACCGCCGCAUGCCCGGCAUUCGCUACCGACUCAGCCGCUACAGACGCAACAGUGGUAGCUCGCCUCAAGCAACAAGGCGCGAUUGUUAUCGGCAAAACGAACCUAGACCAGUUCGCCACGGGCCUUGUCGGAACACGCUCACCAUACGGCGCCGUGGGAAACGCCUUUGACCCACAAAGAGUGAGCGGCGGAAGCAGUUCAGGGAGUGGCGUUGUCGUCAGCCAGGGACUCGUGCCCUUCUCUCUAGGAACAGAUACAGCUGGUUCCGGACGCGUACCGGCUGGACUGAACAAUGUGGUAGGGCUCAAGCCCACCAGGGGUGCUUUGAGCACCAAGGGCGUGCUUCCCGCGUGCAGGACACUGGACUGUGUGUCGAUCUUCGCUCUGACCAUUGAGGAUGCCGAGCUCGUUCUGAGCGUGGCAGAGGGGCUUGACACUGAAGACGCAUAUUCCAGAGCUCGAUCUAAUCCAAUCGCGGGAGGUGUGCCGCGUGGAAUCAGCCCACAGAAACCAGUGCUUGCCAUUUGCGCCAACCCUGAGUGGUUUGGUAAGGCCGAGCAAGCCACGGCCUAUGAAGGUGCAUUGUCAAAGGCUCGAGCACUCGGAUGGCAGCUCGAACCGAUGGACUUUACGCCACUCUUCACCCUCGCCAGCUUCCUCUACGAAGGGCCUUGGGUUGCCGAGCGGUAUGCGGCCAUUGAACAGUUCAUCGCCGCUGCUCCCGCCGAGGUAAUGGAUCCAGUGGUCCGUCAAAUCAUUAUGAAAGCAAAGAACUUCACUGCCGCGGAUCUGUUUGCGCAAGAGUACCGCCGGCAAGAGCUUUCCCGUACCAUCGCUGCCCUGUUCAAGCAAUUCGAUGCGAUCUUUGUGCCGACCACUCCCACGUUUCCCACCAUUGCGGAGCUUGCAAAGGAGCCCAUCAAGGAGAAUGCUCAACUAGGCACAUACACCAAUUUCGUCAACUUCAUGGACUGGUCGGCAAUCGCUAUUCCUGCCGGCUGGAGAGAGGAUGGCCUGCCGUUCGGUAUCACCCUAAUCGCCAGAACCUGGGAGGAGCCGCGACUGCUUGACCUCAGUCGAAGAUGGCUAUCGGGUGCGCCUCGUCGAUUGGGGGCAACAGCUGUCGAAUAUCAGGAUAUAUUGACCUGUCAAACUGUCACCAACGACUCGAUGAAGCUGGCAGUGGUGGGGGCACAUUUAUCAGGUUUCCCACUCAACAAAGACCUGGUUGUGCGAGGUGCGAUUCUCGCUGAGCCCACUAUGACAGCUCCCUGCUAUCAGCUCUAUAAGCUCGAUUCGCAAUCAGCCGUUUUGAAGCCGGGUCUGAAACGGGUAGCAAGCGGCGGCGGAGCUAUUGAGGUUGAAGUUUGGAAUUUGCCACGCUCGCAGUUCGGAAGUUUUAUAGAGACGGUCAAGGCACCACUGGGAAUUGGAUCGAUCGAGCUGCAAGACGGGCAAUGGGUGCAUGGGUUUAUCUGCGAGCCAGAAGGCCUUGUUGGAGCUACUGAUAUUACAUCGUUCGGUGGCUGGCGCGCAUACACCCAAUCGCUAAAAGGCUCAGCAUCCUCAACAACGCCGUCAGCUGAGGGUGCGAAGAGAAAGCGUAUUCAAAAAGUUCUGGUGACUAAUCGAGGAGAGAUUGCCUCGCGUAUUAUUCGCACGCUCCAUGAUAUGAAGAUACAAGCUAUCUCUAUAUACUCCGAAGCCGAUGCACGCUCUCCGCAUGUGACAACAGCUGACAUUGCUCUUCCAUUGGCGGGAAACACGGUAGCGGACACCUACUUGAACGCCCGUCAGAUUCUGGAUCUGGCCUGCCAGUCGGAAGCGGAUGCUGUGAUCCCGGGGUAUGGUUUCCUAGCGGAAAACGCAGAUUUUGCGGCGGCCGUGGAGGAAGCAGGUUUAACUUGGAUCGGCCCGACGCCACAGCAGAUGCGCGAGUUGGGUCUGAAGCAUCGUGCAAGAGAGAUCGCCAUCGCAGCGGGAGUUCCAGUUGUUCCUGGCACGAAAGGUUUGGUUUCCACUGUGGAUUCUGCUCUGGAAGAGGCCGACAGAAUCGGGUAUCCUGUGAUGGUGAAGAGCACUGCAGGCGGAGGCGGAAUCGGCCUUUACCGAUGCGACGAUGCGAAUGCGCUCCGGGAAGCCUUUGACGGUGUUCGUCGGCUAGGUCAAGCGAAUUUUGGACACGAUGGUGUUUUUAUCGAGCAUUUUAUCGAACACGCGAGGCAUAUUGAGGUACAGGUGCUCGGGGACGGCAGCGGUCGGGUCGUCUGUGCUGGAGAGAGGGACUGUUCAAUGCAGCGGCGGAAUCAGAAGGUGGUCGAAGAAACACCGGCAGCCUUUGCACCAGUCGAAGCCCGACAGAUAAUGCGCAAUGCUGCCGUUGCACUGGCAGCUUCGCUCAAGUAUCGCAACGUCGGCACCGUGGAGUUCAUCUUCGACAUCGACAGCAAGCAAGCAUACUUCCUCGAGAUGAAUACUCGCUUGCAGGUGGAGCAUCCGGUGACAGAAGCAGGAACUGGCCUCGACCUGGUCCAGUGUAUGGUCAACAUAGCCAUGCAAGACUGUGCAAGCCUCUUUCCCGAACAGCGCAAUGAGAUUACGGUUAACGGCGCGGCAAUUGAAGUGCGAGUCUACGCCGAGAGUCCUCUGCAGGAGUUUCGCCCGUCCUCGGGUAAGCUGACGACUGUCGAGUUUCCAGACAAUGUCCGAGUCGACACAUGGGUCAAGGCAGGCCAGCAGCUGUCAUCGUCGUAUGACCCGCUUCUGGCAAAAUUGAUAGUUCAUGCACCUGACCGUCCGUCGGCGGUACGGCAGAUGUCCGACGCGUUGUCCAAAACGACCAUCACCGGGGUAGAAACGAACGUGGCAUACCUGAAGCAGAUCAUUGAUUCGGAAGCAUUCCAGUUAGGGAAUUUCACAACCAAGUCGUUGGAUACCUUCCCUUACGAGGCCAAUGUCGUUGAAGUUAUCGAUGCGGGAUCCCAGAUUGCCAUUCAGGAUUUCCCCGGCCGUGAAGGGUAUUGGCAUAUCGGCGUGCCACCGUCAGGGCCAAUGGACAAUUAUUCGUUCCGGCUGGCGAAUCGCUUGGUUGGUAACGACCCCAAUGCUGCGGGCCUCGAGUGCUCAAUCCAAGGACCAACCUUGCUGUUCCAUUGCCCAAGUGUUGUUGCAGUCGUUGGAGCCGAAGCGCCUCUAUUCGUGGACGAGCAAGAAGUUAAGAUGGGCCAGCCCAUAUCACUUCGUUCCGGGCAGCGCCUUGCUCUUGGAGCAGCUACAAACGGUGCACGUACCUAUGUUGCGAUCAGCGGAGGAAUUCAGACACCACUUGUCAUGGGAAGCCGGUCAACAUUUGUGACCGGACAUCUUGGUGGGCACAAUGGCCGUAACCUUCGUGUUGGCGACCUACUUCCGGUGUUUCCUGUCACACAGGACACCAAAGUUGACAGGGCGUGUCGCGCCCCGACGCUUCCUUUGCCGACGAAGUCGUCGCGAGAAUGGACAGUGGGAGUUGUCCCAGGCCCACACGGGAGCCCAACUCACUUUACUCAGGACGGCCUGCUGAAGCUGUUUACUGGAGAAUGGACAGUACAUUACAACAGCAACCGGAUAGGAGUUCGUCUCAGUGGCCCAAGAGCAGAAUGGGCACGCCAGACUGGAGGUGACGCAGGACUGCAUCCUUCCAACAUCCACGACAGUCCUUAUCCCGUGGGCGGGAUCAGCUUCACCGGUGAUGAGGCUGUGGUUUUGACAGCAGAUGGGCCAAGUCUAGGCGGUUUCGUCGUCUUUGCAACAGUCGCCGAGGCCGAAAUGUGGAAGUUUGGGCAAAUGCUUCCUGGAGACCGUCUUUACCUUCGACCAAUCUCACUCGAAUCAGCACAAGCUUUCUCGAGGGAGUUGGCACAGUCGGUCGAGAGCUUAGCACCGCUGUCUAGUCAUUAUGCGCCAACAGAAAAGACCCCUAGCAUCGAAAGCUCAAUUGUGAAGGAGAUACUGGAAGGUGGCCGCCGCAUUGUGUGCCAGCAAGCAGGGGACCGAGCUCUGCUGCUUGACUUUGGAGAACAGGACAACUUUUCUUUACGCCAAACAUUCCACAUUCUCAGUUUUAUUGAGCAGCAUCGCGAGAAUCCUAUUCCCGAUGUCCAGGAACUUACGCCAGGCGUCAGAAGCAUCCAUGUUCAGCUUAGACCACAAUUCUCUUUGUCCCGAGUGCUGGAUGCACUUGUGGCACACGAGGUCAGUCUAGGAACUCAACUCCGCUCGCAACUUCCAUCUCGAAUCGUACACAUGCCUUUGGUGUUCGACGACGAAAAAAGCCGCAAAGCUAUCGCUCGAUAUGCCUCGACCAUCCGCUCAUCAGCGCCGUAUCUCCCGAGCAAUGUCGAGUUCCUGCAGCAGCUGAAUGGUCUUGCUACUCCUGCCCAGGUCGGAGAGAACCUAUAUGCGGCCACGUUCCUUGUUUUGGGCCUCGGCGACGUCUACCAAGGCUCUCCUUGUGCGGUGCCUCUGGAUCCUCGACACCGACUGUUUGGAACAAAGUACAAUCCAUCGCGGUCAUUCACACCUCGUGGUGCAGUGGGCGUUGCAGGCCAGUAUCUCUGCAUAUAUGCUACAGAUUCACCAGGCGGAUACCAACUCGUUGGCCGUACGGUUCCAAUCUGGGACGAGUACCGCGAAGGAAAACUCCACGGCAUGUCCGAUUCGAAAGCUCCUUGGUUGUUCUCCCUCUUGGACCAAAUCACUUUUUACCCUGUCGCAGAGGCAGACCUCAAUGCGGCGGAGGAGAAAGGGACUGCGAACGAGCUUAUCAAAUUCACGCAUACGGAGCUGGAUCUCGACCAGUACGAACGAUGGCUGAGUCAGAACAGUGAGAGCAUCACAGCAGUCCGCACGGAGCGAUCGGCAGCGGUGCAGAAGGCAGACUUUCUGCAGGAGCUGUUAAAGCCGUAUCAGGCCAACAGCACUUCUCUUGAGGCUCGAGGAAAAUUUGAGAAAACUUCAGGAGAAAGAGUGAAGGCUCCAUUUCCUGGAAGGUGCUUUAGGUGUGCCGUUAAGGAGGGGGACCGAGUUGAAGCAGGCGAUACAUUGAUCUGGGUCGAGUCAAACAAGAUGGAGGUAAAGAUAGGCACGCCGGUUAGCGGGAAGUGUGUGAAGCUGUUGGUUGAACAGGGAGAUAUUGUCGGUCCAAGCGAUGAUAUAGCUAUCAUCCAGCAAUAA